AUGGCGCGAACAAAACAAACAGCACGCCGGGCUGUUGACGAAAAUGGAGUUCCAGACGAGGAGGAUCAACAGGAGAUUAACGGUCAUUUGACUGAAGAAGACAAGAAGCGCCGUAUAGAGCUGGAAAAAAUGCCUAUGCAGGCAGAACUCAAGAACCUUGAGAAACGCUGGACUAAGAAAGGCCACUCCUACAUCGCUGAGCCCAAAGAUGACGAUGAAGUGCCGGAGGAGACCGUCAAUUGGUACCAGAAGUUCGCCCUUUGUGUGACCAGAACACUUGACCGUUCCAACGAACAUGUCCAAAAGACAAGUCUUCAAAUCAAUUCACCUUCUCUGAAGAAAUUGCUAAAGGAGGUGAUCGGAACUUACCCAGGCAUCAGCUUCAUGACCACUGAUAUCACUAUUGACUUUCCCUGUCAAUGUCUCUUUCACUACCGCCAGGAAUUGGUGGACAAGCUUCACAAGGUCAACACGACCGAUCCUGACGGUGAGCUAGCUCGACACUUGCCAAUUCUGUUAGCUUUUCUCGAAGCGGAAUUUGCGGAAACAAUCGCCGAAACGACAAACCUGACGCCGCAAGGCUUGACAACGUACGAGCACAUGUGGACACUUUUCAGACCAGGUGUAAAGCUCUUCACUCGUGUCAGAGGUCAGUCACGUUGCUAUAAGCUAAACAGCUAUCAAUAUACCUGGGGUCAGUGCCCUUCGUUCCAAUGCACAGUGGAAUUCAUUGACUACGAUGGCGACGACUUUGGGACACGAUCCACCUGCUUGUACAUACCUCAAUACAAAGGUACGGUACCUGUCAAUGCGCUCAAUGUCUUCCCGUUGGCACGACAUCCCAACGCUCUUGCCAUAAGCAAGACAGUGAUUGCUCGUGGCAAAAAAUGGGAGGAGGUCCAGAGUAAAAGUCAAGCAUUCAUGGACUACAAGGGCGUUGCGCUUAACUGUGGCUGCCCACCGAGCAGGUACAAUGUCGAGUCACGCGUCAUGAUCGAUGCUGCUACUUUCCACCGCAUAGAAGCAGACGAAGCAUUUUCUGUGUCUGCUUUGCCACUGUCUGAAGCGCAAAAAGCCAAGGCCACGUUGCUGCAGAAUGAUCCGGAGGUGUUGAGAGUCACGAAAGGAAACAAGGAUAUACUGCUCGUUGACCGAGAGCCACUGACAGACGAGCAACGCCUCAUGGCCACACCGAUGUGCCGGGGCUUCAGCUUCACUGAAAAAGUGUUCCUGGAAUUCUUCGUCGACGCACUUUCACCUAUUGAGUGGAAUACCUCCUGCUUCGACCAGCUGGUGCUGCCUAGUAGCCAGAAAGAACUGGUCCAAGCAUUGGUUGCAGAGCAUACCGCUCGUCACGAGAAUUCACAGUUUGACGACAUCGUGAAGAAUAAGGGCCUCGGCCUCAUCUUGGUAUUGCAUGGCCCUCCAGGUGUAGGCAAAACCUUAACCGCAGAAUGUGUGUCCGAAUUCUCCAAGCGACCUCUCUACAUAGUCUCCUCCGGCGACCUAGGCACCACCUCCAGCGUCCUCGACUCAAAAUUAACCCAAAUCCUCGAUCUCGCAAGCACCUGGAAAGCCGUCCUGCUCAUCGACGAAGCCGACGUCUUCCUCGAACGCCGCUCUCUCCACGACAUGGAGCGCAAUAGCCUGGUCAGCAUCUUCCUCCGAACCCUCGAGUACUACUCAGGCAUCCUCUUCAUGACCACCAACCGCGUCAGGACAUUCGACGACGCGUUCAAGAGCCGUAUUCACGUCCCGCUCAAGUAUGACGACCUCGACAAGGCGAGUAGAGUCAAGGUGUGGAAGAACUUUGUGGAGAAAUUACGAAAGGGACAGCAGGAAGGAGGUGUUGAGGUUGAUGUGGAUGAAGUUGGGUAUGAGCGGCUUGGUGAGAGUCCGCUGAAUGGAAGACAGAUUAAGAAUGUUGUUAGGACGGCGAAGAGUUUGGCGGCUUAUCGAGGUGGGAAGCUGGAUGUCGAUGCUCUUUUGAAGGUUGUGGAGAUUCAGGAGGCGUUUGAGGAGGAGCUUGUGAAGCCUGUUGGUGAUGAUGACAAUAUUGACGCGGUCGCAAAGUGA